UUUUUACGCCCACGUUCGCUGCCUCACCUUACCUCACCCUUCUCUCUCUCUCUCUUUCUCUCUCUCUCUCUCUCUCUCUCUCUCUCUUUCUCUCUCUCUCUAAACUUGAAACGAAACCUCGCCACUGCAACGAACACAACCACUUCCAAGUGCUUCCAAUUCCUCACUCAUCACGUUUCGGCAAUGCACCGCGUGGGUAGUGCUGGUAAUGGAAACAAUUCAACUCGUCCUCGCAAAGAGAAGAGAUUAACCUACGUGUUGAAUGAUUCCGACGACACUAAGCAUUGUGCAGGCAUAAAUUGUCUGGCUCUACUUACAUCUGUAGCAUCUGAUGGGUCUGAUUAUCUCUUCACUGGGAGUCGUGAUGGCAGGCUAAAACGAUGGGUAUUAGAUGUGGAUAGAGCAACAUGCUCGGCUACCUUUGAAUCUCAUGUUGAUUGGGUUAAUGAUACCGUUCUUGUUGGUCAUAGUACACUCGUUUCUUGUUCUUCAGAUACAACCAUUAAGCUAUGGAAUGCCUCGUCCUUUGGAACUUGUACAAGGACUCUCCGACAACACUCUGACUAUGUUACUUGCCUUGCAGCGGCAGGAAAGAAUAGCAAUGUUGUUGCUUCUGGUGGCCUUGGUGGGGAGGUUUUUAUAUGGGAUAUUGAGUCUGCCCUUGCUCCAGCCUCUAAGAGUAGUGAUGCUACGGGGGAUGAAUCUUCAAAUGGUAUCAAUGGUUCUGGCAACUUACCAUUGACAAGCUUGCGUACUAACUCAAAUGACAAUAUGUCUAUGCACACUACUCAAACUCAGGGAUAUAUUCCAAUUUCAGCCAAAGGCCAUAAAGAUUCUGUUUAUGCUUUGGCUAUGAAUGAAAGUGGAACAAUUCUUGUCUCUGGAGGCACAGAAAAGGUUGUUCGUGUCUGGGACACAAGGUCAGGAUCAAAGACUCUAAAGCUAAGAGGGCAUACUGAUAACAUCCGGGCUCUGCUUCUGGAUUCUAGCGGCAGAUAUUGUUUAUCAGGAUCUUCAGACUCUAUGAUAAGGCUUUGGGAUAUAGGUCAGCAGAGAUGUGUGCAUUCUUAUGCCGUUCAUACAGAUUCUGUCUGGGCACUUGCCAGCACCCCAACAUUUAGUCAUGUUUAUAGUGGAGGGAGAGACUUUUCAUUAUACUUGACAGAUUUGCAAACUAGAGAGAGUAGUUUGGUCUGCACCGGCGAGUACCCUAUUCUUCAAUUGGCUUUGCAUGAUGAUAGCAUAUGGGUUGCAUCAACAGACUCUUCAGUUCAAAGAUGGCCUGCUGAAGGAUGCAACCCUGAAAAGAUUUUCCAGAGCGGCAAUUCUUUUUUAGCAGGAAACUUGUCUUUUUCAAGAGCAAGAGUGUCUCUAGAAGGAUCUACCCCUGUUCCUGUAUAUAAAGAACCUACCUUAACUAUCUUGGGUACACCUGCAAUAGUACAACAUGAAGUUUUGAAUAAUAAGAGGCAUGUGUUGACGAAGGAUGCUUCUGGUUCAGUAAAGCUAUGGGAGAUUACCAAAGGUGCCGUGAUUGAAGAUUACGGAAAGGUUUCAUUUGAGGAGAAAAAGGAAGAGCUAUUUGAGAUGGUUAGCAUUCCUGCAUGGUUUACAGUGGAUACCAGGCUUGGAAGUUUGUCUGUUCAUUUAGACACUCCCCAAUGUUUUUCUGCAGAGAUGUAUUCAGCAGAUCUUAACAUUGUAGGCAAGCCUGAAGAUGAUAAGGUUAAUUUGGCUCGAGAAACCCUUAAAGGAUUACUUGCUCCUUGGUUGAGAAAACGAAAGCAAAGAUCAGGCUCCUCAGCUCCAGCUAAUGGGGAGUUAUUAUCUGGAAAGGAUACUGCUUCAAGAAGUAGUACCCAUUCAAGAGUUGAGGUUGAUGGUAGUUCUGAUAAUGAUGCUAUGGUUUAUCCCCCGUUUGAAUUCUCAGUUACCUCCCCACCUUCCGUUAUUACUGAGGGCACUCAUGGAGGUACAUGGAGGAAAAAAACUACCGAUUUAGAAGGAACCAAGGAUGAUAAAGACUUCCCCUGGUGGUGUCUGGACUGUGUUUUGAAUAAUCGGUUACCUCCCAGAGAAAAUACCAAAUGCAGUUUCUAUUUGCAACCUUGUGAAGGCUCUUCAGUCCAGAUUCUCACACAAGGGAAGCUAAGUGCCCCACGUAUAUUAAGAAUUCACAAAGUUAUUAAUUAUGUUAUAGAGAAGAUGGUGCUUGACAAACCUUUGGAUAGCUUAAAUGCUGAGUCUAGUUUUUCCCCUGGUCUUGCUGCGUCACAGUCACAACAUCAAGUAGUUGGUGAUGGAUCUUUUCGAUCUGGAUUUCAGCCUUGGCAAAAGCUUAAACCUUCUGUUGAAAUAUUGUGCAACAACCAGGUGCUGUCUCCUGAAAUGAGUUUAGCCACAGUGCGAGCUUAUAUAUGGAAGAAAUCAGAAGACUUGAUUCUAAAUUACAGACUAGUUCAAGGAAGGUGACUACAAAUUGCAUAAUGCAUCAGAGGUUUUCUUGUGAUUAUGUAAAAUACUUCUGGGCACGAAUUCUUCUUGGGUUACCUACAUUGAUAUGUAUUAUAGGAAUUUGUAAAUUUUGGGCCGUCAUCUAUCACCAAAUUUGGUGACAUUCUCUAAAGCUGCUUGGAUAGUUUUUGCUUUAGUGGAGAGUUGUUACUGUAAAUUUUGAGCUAUAUCUAGCCGGCAUGCAUACUUCUGCUGGGCACGGCAUCGUCUGCAUCUGGCAUGAAGAAAGGUUUUUAUUGACUCUAUUGAGAAUUAGUAGGAUACAUACUGGCAUAGUGGGGUGCUUUUCAGGAAUCAGGUAGUUCAUUUAGAGAUGACAACAAAAUCACUGUAAAUUUGAAUUGUGCGUUAAAUAUCUGGCCAUAGAAAUUAUGUUGUCCAGGUGCAUAUUUACUUCAUGAAAUUUUGUUAAUUGCUAAUUGCUAAUAAUAUAUAUUAUUCUAAUAA